UUUCAGGUAUUUAGUAUUCUUCUCGCCACGUGUUACGCAAAUAACGAACCGGAAAGUUAUUCUUUUUAUCGAUUUAGUGGACCAGUAAGUGGUAAAGUUCAGGAAAUCCAAGUACCAUCACAGUACAAAGGAGUAGCGGUAGACUAUGUGGCAAAACCCGAUUACUCCUAUAACUAUGAAGUUCAAGAUCCAGCGAUAGGGAAUCAACAAAAACGAAAAGAGUCACGAGAUUGAAACGCGUUAUUGACUUUGGUUUACUCUGAUAUUGAUCAGGCAGUGAAUAAUUAA